AUUGAUGUAUUGAAUUUUUGUGGAUACGAUGAAAGAGAGUGCAACUAAACCUCCUGAACCUGUGAAUAAAAAAAAAUCGACACAAUUUUUGUUCCUCCUCCACUUAUUUAUAGUCCCACACAUCUCUUCAUUUCAAACCACGACAGAACCACUCCACCUUAGUUUGAAACUUUGAACCUCUUGUUGACUUCAAGCAACACACUUGUUCAUUUUCUCACUGCUUUCUAUAUAAUAAGCCAAGAGUGUGUAUGUAUAAGAACUUGGAUUCAUAGUAUUAUUAUAUUUGAGUUUUUUUUUGUGUUGUGGUCAUAAUUAUAACAUGACUAUGGAAAAGGGUAGCAGCAACAACCAUCAACAACAGUCAUUUGAAGUUUCCAAUAUUGCCACUGCUGAUUCCAAGUUCUUUGAUGAUGAUGGACGUUUAAAACGAUCUGGAAACAAAUGGACAGCAAGUGCACACAUAAUAACAGCGGUUAUUGGUUCCGGAGUGCUGUCAUUGGCAUGGGCUAUAGCCCAACUUGGAUGGAUUGCUGGUCCAUCAAUGAUGCUGCUUUUCGCUUUUAUUAUUUACUACACUUCUACUCUUCUAUCAGUUGGUUAUCGAACCGGUGACCAACUUAACGGCAAAAGAAAUUAUACUUACACACAAGCUGUUAGAGCAUAUCUUGGUGGCUAUAAGGUCAAACUUUGUGGAAUUAUUCAAUAUGUUAAUCUUUUUGGUGUUGCCAUUGGAUACACUAUAGCAGCUUCCAUAAGCAUGAUGGCAAUUAAAAGGUCUAAUUGUUUUCAUAGCAGUGGAGGGAAAAAUCCAUGUCAUAUGAAUGGGAAUCUUUACAUGAUUUCUUUUGGUAUUGUGCAAAUACUUUUCUCUCAAAUUCCAAACUUUGAUCAGUUAUGGUGGCUCUCUUCUUUAGCUGCUGCUAUGUCUUUUACAUAUUCAACAAUUGGUCUUGGCCUUGGUGUUGGUAAAGUUAUAGAAAACAAAGGCUUUAAAGGAAGUCUAACUGGUAUAACUGUUGGUACUGUCACACAAACUCAAAAAAUUUGGAGGAGCUUUCAAGCUCUUGGUAACAUAGCCUUUGCAUACUCUUACUCGCUAAUCCUUAUAGAAAUUCAGGACACGAUCAAAUCGCCUCCAUCGGAGUCGAAAACAAUGAACCAGGCUACUUUGAUCAGCAAUAUAAUCACAACAUUUUUCUACAUGUUAUGUGGCUGUUUCGGAUACGCUGCUUUCGGAGACUCGAGUCCCGGAAACCUUCUAACUGGUUUUGGUUUCUACAAUCCUUUCUGGUUGCUCGAUAUAGCCAAUGCUGCAAUCGUUAUCCACCUUGUUGGCGCCUUCCAAGUUUUUUGCCAGCCUAUUUACUCAGCAGUCGAGAAAACCGCGGCUAAAAGAUUCCCGGAUAACGAUUUUAUCAACAAAGAAAUUGAAAUUCCGAUCCCUGGCAUUGUUUCUCCGUUGAAAAUCAACCUCUUUAGAUUGGUUUGGAGGUCAUUUUUUGUGAUCGUAACAACUAUAAUAUCAAUGCUUCUACCGUUUUUCAAUGACGUUGUUGGACUUAUCGGAGCUUUUGCAUUUUGGCCUCUAACUGUGUAUUUUCCGGUUGAAAUUUACAUUGUUCAAAAAAGAAUACCAAAAUGGAGUACAAAAUGGAUUUGCCUACACAUUCUUAGUGUUGCUUGUCUUAUGAUUUCUUUAGCUGCUGGAAUUGGUUCUGUUGCUGGUAUUGUUACUGAUCUUGGAGUUUACAAGCCAUUUCAUGCUAUGUACUAGUCAUGUAACAUUAUUAGUUUAGUGUUCACUAUCUUCAAGAAUUUAGAUAGCAAUAAAAACAAGUUUUGUUCUUGCUCAUUUGAGGUCUCUAGGAUGGUUGUGUUCUUGUUAAUCUUGUACUUUUUUCCACUUUUAUGUAAUCAAUCUUUCUAAUUGAUUAUGUAAUGUGAAAUCUAAUAAUAUAAGUCACAUUUAAGA